UAUUAUUUAGUUUAAUUAAAAAGACUAUUAUGGAUCCAUCUGAAAGUAAUUUAGGCAAACUAACAGAGGAAUCAUUUAAACGCAAAGAACGUUUACGCCAGUUAAGAGAAAAAGCCGCAAAAAAUGCAGCUAGUAAAAACGACUCCAACAGCGAAGAAAAAUUACCCAAACCCAUAUUCCGUAGUUAUAAGCCUCAAAAUGAAACAACCGAAGGUGAGAUACUGCCGCAAGAGCCAUCCGGAGAUAUUGAAACGGCCGUAGAAGAUCAACUGGAAUUGUUGAAACAACCUAUCAUUAUAGAUGAAAUUGAUAUUACUAAUUUAGCUCCACGUAAGCCUGAUUGGGAUUUAAAGCGAGAUGUGUCUAAGAAAUUAGAGCGUUUGGAAAGAAGAACACAAAAAGCCAUAGCAGAGUUAAUCAGAGAAAGACUGAAAAAGAACCAGCAGGGAAACGAUAUAUUUCAGGCAGUCAAUGUGGGUACAGCUCAUGCUGGCGAAUCAACAAACACCGAAGAUGAUUGAAUGGGAAAUUAAUUUAUAUUUAUAAUUAUUUGUUAAAUAAAUAAAUGAAAGCUAAACAAAUUA